UUUUUUAGCAUUGAAUCCACGAAAGACAUACUCAGCUUCUUGGCACUCGUUUCGGAGUGCGCAUAUCGCUAGCCAGCUAGCUUGCUGGUCUGCUAACCUUAGCGUCACGGAAAACGUUAGCUAACGUUAAAUCAGCAUUGGCAAACGGCUUUGUUUGCGCCACCUCCUCUCCCACACGCGUACCCCUACAACCUGAACAGACGAGCAGGUAGUCGGUUCCGGCUCUUCUCCAAACCAAACCGGUAUGUCGGAUGAAGACUCCCGUGCCAGCACCAGCUCUUCGUCAUCACCGCCUUCCUCCAGCCAGACCAGACAGAAGGACACUUCUUGCAAGAAGAAACGGGAGAGCAAAGCCAGCAUGAGCAAGAACUCCAAGCUGCUUUCCACCAGCGCUAAACGGAUUCAAAAAGAGCUGGCUGACAUUACACUGGACCCUCCGCCAAACUGCAGUGCUGGUCCAAAAGGAGACAAUAUCUAUGAGUGGAGGUCGACCAUCCUGGGACCGCCGGGCUCUGUGUACGAGGGAGGCGUCUUCUUCCUAGAUAUCGCCUUCACACCCGACUACCCCUUUAAACCCCCCAAGGUAACUUUCCGUACCAGGAUCUAUCACUGCAACAUCAACAGUCAGGGGGUGAUCUGUCUGGACAUCCUGAAGGACAACUGGAGCCCCGCCCUCACCAUCUCCAAGGUGCUGCUGUCCAUCUGCUCCCUGCUCACAGACUGUAACCCAGCCGAUCCCCUGGUGGGAAGCAUCGCCACCCAAUACACGACUAACAGAGCAGAACAUGACCGAACAGCCAAACAGUGGACAAAGCGAUACGCCACAUAAACCCACAGAGGACGGCAGCAGCAGGAAAAGGAGGAGGGUCGAAGGGUCGCUGGGUUGCUUGUUUUGGGGGGAGGGGGUGUUAUUUCUAUCUCAGAUUUUUAGUACUUUAUUGUCUGGUAUAUUUUUUGCUUCCUGAUUAAGUUAUCUCCAGAAACGUGGUAAUAAAGGAACACAAUGGAAAGGAA